ACUAAAAAAUGUUAACUUCACAACUAACAGAUCUUAUUGACGAAGAAGCUGCUAUACCAAUCUACGAUUAUGUUAUCGCCUACAACAGCGACCACCAAACUAUCAUCAACCUAUUCAAAACAAAGCUAGUCGACAAAGGGCUGUCCUACACUGAAGUAGAUUCUGGGGAGAAUGCUAAAAUGAUAUAUAUCCUGAUAACAGCCGAUAAGCGGGAGGUGUUGACUAAAAGAGCUGAGAUGACUAGGGUAUCAGUGCCCAUUAAAAUGGUGAAAGUUGCUGAUAUGAUGAAACAUAAACCUGGUCCAGAAACUGAUGGUAAUCAAGAUUAUUGUGUUAGAACAAGUAUUGAUACAGGGCGCAGACCAGCCAACGCAAAGAAACCAUCACGAAGACAAAUUGUAAAACAGUUUGUUAAAGACUGGUUCAGGCCAAAGCUAGUUGGAGGCCACAUCAAAUUUGUUUACCAGCAGAAAUACGACCAACUGUUCCUUAACUAUGACAACGAUCCGUUCCAAAACUCUUCAAGAAUACGGAGCUCUCUGGUGCACGACUUAAUCAAGGACAUUGAACUAACACGUGACCUGAAAACAGUAAAACCUGGAGAGGUGAGCCGGGACAAAGAACAGCACAGUCACGAUUAUCGGGGGUUGGAGUGGCUGAAAAAGAAGGGAUACGUUAAAAAGAGUUUCGUACCCCACUCAGAUAGAGAUAGACAAUCGUUUGAGGAAAAUAGGAAGGAGAAACACCAUAGAUAUCCGAUUCAGUCAGUUACAGCAUUUCGGGAGUAUUUUGGGGAGAAGGUGGCUUUUGCUUUUGCUUGGAGAGCUGCUUGGCUCUCUUGGGGGUUGACGAUACCUGCUCUUAUAGGGGUCAUCGUGUCACUAGCUGACCUAUUUGUAUAUUGUUCAAGGGGAAAAUGUAGCAAAUCUACCUCCAUCAACAACAACAACACAUUUACAAACGAUACCGGGACCCUCGAAUUCGGGUUCUUCGAUAACGAACUUCUCCCAUUUUACGCAAUCCUAUCCCUCCUACUACAAAUGAUUGGCUUCUCCCUAGGAUGGUCCAGAUACAAAUUCAUAUACUCCUUCAAAUGGGGUAUGCUCAACUACUUCCUGGUCAAUGAACGUCAACUUGUAAUGAACUCUACUCUUAAAGACUUAACAAAGAACAGGAAGUUGUUAUCAAGAAUAUGGUCCAUGACAACUGGUGUUGCAAUCUUAGUUGGGAUGGUUCUUUUCAAUUUCUGUGUGUUCAUUGUCCAGCAGGCCCUCAGGGGUUUGUUGAGUGGACGGUUAUCAGUUCCUGAAAAUGUUGCGUUUUAUAUUUCAACGAUUGUUGUUUCGCUGGUGAACACGAUUUUUGUGGUUCUGUUCCUAAACAGGAAAUUUGCGAAUAAAGCAAAACAGUUGUGUGAUAAUGAAUACCAUACUUUUCCUUCAGACUACGAAAGGUACCUGACCUGGAAAGUGUUCUUCUACAACUUCACAGCAAACAACAUGCGCCUCCUCCUCAUGACUCUGGCUCCCAAAAUAGAAUUCCCUUUCAACAUACCUUACAUUACCCUUCCGGGGGAACACUUCAGCAUGCAAUUUUGUGAGGAAGGGAAAUGUGUAAACACGAUUUUCAUCCAGUUGAGCUUUUUUCUUAUCUUCAAGCCUUUAACGAGUUUUCUAGCGUACCGUAAAGAUGAUAUCUUGAGGUGGUGUAAGAUUAAGGGAAAGUUGAUGUUUUCAGCAUUUACUUGUUCGGGUAAUCGGUACUGUAGACCGGCUUGGGAUGAUAUGGGGCACCCUGAGUUGAUAUCUAACUUAGAUAACGAGUAUAGACUUUACGAGAGCGACAGAUUCGGAGAAAGGAACCAGACACUGAUGGACCUGAACGAUAAAGUAGCCCAGUACGGGUUUGUGAUCAUGUUCGGAUCCGUAUUCCCCCUUAGUCCUCUUAUAGCUGCUGCCAUGGAGAUUAUAACACGUCAUCAGGAUGUUACCAGAUACACAGCUAACCAGAGAAGGCCGGUACCAAGGAGGUAUGAGGGUGUGGGAUGUUGGGAGGAGAUAAUAGAUUUGGUCAAUAUUCUCGCUAUCGUUACCAACGUGUGGAUAGUUGUUUUCAGGUCCACAUAUGUGUCCCAGUUCGAAAAUCCGCCGAUUUUAAGUCUCUCCUUGGUGGGGAGCAUUGCAUUUUUUGUCUACUUGAUUCGAGCUAUGUCCCAAGUUAAUUCCAUCCCUGAAAAGGUUAAAAGAUUCAAGCAAGAGGAGGUCAGAGCAGUGGAAGUAUUUCUCAAGAGCACGAUAGUUAGUAAUUGAUAUUUCAACUUCAAGUACAUUCAAUUAUCCCAUAUAACAAUUUGUUUGAGCAGCAGUGGGAAAUUUGGACCCAAGUUUUAAAACAUUUUUUAUCAAACGUAAAAGUGAACCAGUAGAAGUUUUUUAGACCUGUAGAUUUUUAAUGUUAGCUUUUGUAUUUCAAUCCUGAUUUUAGAGAUAUAAUAUUUGACAUUUGUUGUUUGAAUGUUA